GCAGGGACAGUUCGGUGUCCCAGUUUGAAGGAAGGCUGCAUCGUGCACAUCUGUAAUAACACACACCGACACAGCAACUAUACUGCGCGCCUGACACCAUGUCUGUGCUACAGAAAGAUGCUCAGCGGGCCCUGGAGCUGCUCCAGCAGUAUCGCGUCAAACUGAACCAGAGACAGCAGAACCACGGUCAGAGUCAGGGCAAACAGGGUUCUGCCGGAGAGGACCAUCAGCUGCAGCAAUCCUUGGACAGAGUCAUCAGUGUCUUCCAAAGUCAACUCUUCAGUGCUCUUCUUGAUAUCCAGGAGUACUACGAACUGACUAUCCUUCAGGACAGCCAGUGUACUGUCGACUCUCCUGAGAAACCCCCAGCUCCCUGCAUCAUUCCAGCAGAACAGUCACCACAUCAACAAACAUUCAGCCCGUUGAGCUCCCUUGCUUCUGGAGAACCAUCUCAACCCUGCAAGCCCAAGUCUAUUAAAUCCCCCUCAUCACCUAACCAAACUGGAGAGCCUGCAAAAACAUUGUCUUCUCCUACAAGACAGUCCAGCAUAACACAGUCUCACCCUGCCGAAGUCAAGUACCGUGCUCCACCUCCGCCUGUCCAAGCUGGAAGCUCCAAAUCUGUUGAGGGGGUUAUUUCCAAACCCUCUUCACCCUUUGUUGCUAUGUCUUCCAGUGUUACUGUCAGCAGUGUAGAAAAUCCGAGUCCCUCCACUAAAACAUCACAGAAUGGAACCAACACAUUUGUUACUACCACAAAGUCAGAGAAUAUAGCAAACCAGCAAAACCUUUCUGCCUCUAAAGACCUGAACCUGAUGACUGUUUCUGCCCUUAUCUCUAGCACCAUCCAAGGUCUUGUGCCACCAACAACUCCAGACAAAAGUACUCCUACAAGCAUCACUCCAACCACCAGUCCAAGUCUAAGUACAGUCUCAGGAGUCUGUGUUUCAACAGCUGGUUCUAGCUGCAAAGAGCCAGGAACAAGCAAAGUCAUAGCAAGUAAAGGUCCAACGAGCCCCAAUCAUGGAAAAUUCACAUUCGAGAGCAAGAGCCCCACGAGUCCUUCGGCAAAGCUAAGCAAAGGAUUUAAUCUAAGUCCAACCAGCCCUGGACAAGUAAAAGCCACCUCUGAUAGCCCCGGCCAUGGACCAGCCUCCAGGCUGCCUUCAACCACACUGACCCCCAACAAGGUAGAAUCACCUGAGGUACCAUUUGAUGAUGAGGUAUGGCCUCACCCAGAAGGUGAGCGGCUGAAUGAAGUUCCAGCCCCGCCUUUCUCCUCCCUGUAUUCACAAAGCCACUCCUACUAUCAGGCCAACCCCCCUCCAGUGGUGGUCAAUACCGACAGCGUAGAUACCCCCCCAUAUGUCAAUGGAACAGAAGCAGACUAUGAGUAUGAGGAAAUCACACUGGAGAGGGGUAACUCAGGCCUGGGCUUCAGUAUUGCUGGCGGCACAGAUAAUCCCCAUAUUGGAGAAGACCCCUCAAUCUUUAUCACCAAGAUAAUCCCAGGAGGAGCUGCAGCCCAGAAUGGACGACUCAGGGUGAAUGACUGUAUAGUCCGGGUAAAUGAUACCGACGUCAGGGAGGUGACUCACAGCGGGGCGGUGGAGGCACUGAAGGAGGCAGGAGGACUGGUCCGACUGUGUAUCCGACGCAGAAGGAGCCUCGCUGAGAGGAUCAUGGAUAUUAAACUGGUCAAAGGACCCAAAGGUUUGGGAUUCAGUAUAGCGGGUGGUGUUGGAAACCAGCACGUUCCAGGAGACAACGGCAUCUAUGUGACUAAAAUCAUCGAGGGAGGGGCUGCACACAAAGAUGGACGCUUACAAAUCGGGGAUAAACUUGUUGCUGUAAAUGCUUCUUGCUUGGAGCAGGUAACUCAUGAAGAGGCAGUUGCUGCAUUAAAGUCCACUCCGGAUGUUGUGUACCUCCGUGUUGCCAAACACAGCUCCCUUUUCAUUAAUGACAACUUCCCUCCACCUGAUGUCACUAACUCAUAUUCCCCGCAUCAGGACAACCAUGUAAGUCCCUACAUGAGUGGGAGCCAGUCUGUGAGCCCCGCCCCUUUGAACACACCCAGAUACUCUCCGCUGCCCAGGAGCCUGACGACAGAUGAAGAUGUUCCCAGAGAACCUAGGCGAGUUGUUCUGCUGAGGGGUUCCACAGGUCUUGGCUUCAACAUCGUUGGAGGGGAGGAUGGAGAGGGGAUCUUCAUUUCCUUCAUACUGGCUGGAGGUCCAGCUGAUCUCUGUGGAGAGCUCCGAAAGAGAGACCGCAUCCUAUCGGUGAAUGGGGUGGACCUGUCCAGUGCAACACAUGAACAGGCAGCUGCAGCUCUGAAGAAUGCUGGACAAACAGUUACCAUUGUAGCUCAGUAUAGACCUGAUGAGUACAGUCGUUUCGAGGCCAAGAUCCAUGACCUGAGGGAACAAAUGAUGACCAGCAGUGUCAGCUCCAGCUCCACAUCUCUCCGUUCCACACAGAAACGUACACUUUACAUCAGAGCUUUGUUCGACUAUGAUGGAAGUGCUGCAGAUCUAAGUGCACCGAAUCAGGCACUACCAUUUAAUUUUGGGGACAUCCUCCAUGUGAGCAGCGCUGGCGAAGAGGAGUGGUGGCCCGCCCGUCACCUUAGCCCCCCACCCCCAAACUGCCCUGAAGUUGGACUUAUCCCCAGCCGAAGGAGAGCGGAGAAGAAGGAGAGGUCAAGGCUAAAGAUGGUCAGAGUGUCGAGGUCUCAGGACAGAUCGGAUCAGGAGGAUAAAGCGCUGGUAACCUCUGGCACCAGUGAUAGUGAGAGUAGUUCCUCUGACCAGGAGGAGAUUCUCCUUACAUACCAACCUGUCGUGCAGCAGGAAGUCAAUUACACACGGCCGGUCAUUGUGCUCGGACCAAUGAAAGAUCGGGUCAACGAUGAUCUCAUCUCUGAGUUUCCAGAAAAGUUUGGGUCCUGCGUCCCACACACAACACGGCCACGAAGAGACUACGAGGUGGACGGCAGAGAUUAUCACUUCAUGUCCUCGAGAGAGCUUAUGGAGCGAGAGAUACAGGAACACAAGUUCAUUGAGGCUGGACAGUAUAACAACCACCUUUAUGGAACCAGCAUACAGUCUGUCAGAGAGGUUGCCGACAAGGGGAAACACUGCAUCUUGGAUGUAUCUGGGAAUGCAAUAAAGCGUCUCCAGAUGGCUGGCCUCUAUCCCAUUGCUAUUCUAAUUAGGCCGCGUAAUGUCGACAACAUCCUAGAGAUGAACAAGCGUUUGACAGAGGAACAGGCGAGAAAGACUUUCGACAGAGGCAUCAAACUGGAGCAGGAGUUUGCAGAGUACUUCACCGCAAUAGUCCAUGGCUCAUCUUUAGAGGAAAUUUACUCGCAUGUGAAACAAAUCAUUGAGGAGCAGUCGGGUCCUUACAUCUGGGUGACCACCAAGGAGCGACUCUGAAUAAACCCACAUAAUGAAAUAUCCAUACACACAUUACUGUCUCAACACUACCUACUUGAUUUUUUUUCUAUUAUCAGCUUGCUUCCUCUGUUUUGCAUUGCUGCACACACGUGUAUUCACACAAGCACACAAUGUUGGUGAGGCGGGGACUAUCUGGGACUUCUACUGUCUGAAGUUGGGGGGGGGGAGCUCAGGUCUGUCCAGAAGCUUUCUGGUGGAUCUUCCUUCAGCUUGGUUCCUUAAUGUUUAAGGAGUUUGUUCAAAUCUAGGCAACCUGUACCAUGAUCUGAUUUAUUUCACUAUUGUUCUUCUUAUUGUUGUUGUCGUUGUUGUUUUCAUAUUAACAAAGAGUAAUGCAUUCAUGUAUCGGUUUGUAAUGAUAAUAUUGUCACCAAGAGGCAGACUUUUGCACGCUGUAGCUUUAAGAGCAUGUUUUUGGGACAAAAAUCUUGAUCCUGUCUUGAUUUCCUGUCUGUCUGUCUGUUUUUCCACAUUGCAUCAAAAAUGUUUAGUUUAUUUCUCUUUUUUUGUAAUUAGUCAUUCCUAUUAUCCCAUCUUUUUCUCUUUUUACACUCUAAAAUCUUUAUAUAGGACAUUAAAAUAUUAAUUGUAAUUUUACCUUCCCCCCACAUUUUGGCAGUAAAAGCCAAAGUGUUCAGAAGCUACUAUUUAUGGAUGUAGCAUGAAAAAUAUUCAUGAUCAUUUUAGAGAUUUUGGAACUGAUAGUCUUAACUUUUAAUGUUAUCUCUGCUUGAACAUGAGUAUAAUUAGUUUUCCUUCAUGCAAUGUAGAGAAUUAUAUUAACAUAUUUAAGAGUCAAAAGCAAACUUCAAAAUCCAUUUGAAGCUUUGGGUCUGAAUUUUACAGCCAAGUAAUGUGGCAUCUAACCCUGACUAGAAAUAAUGUCUUCACGCCUCCAACCUGACCAUGAUUUGCACUGGCUGUGACAUAAUGCAAAUAUUUCCAGCUUGUCAGGCCUUUUCCCAUACAAGCAGUGGCUUAAUGAGCAAAAGCACGAAUGAUGCUUGUGUCCUCAAGAAAAUCCAUAUUGUCAUAGCCUAUGUUUUUAUGGCUGUCACUGCUACACUGCACCUCCAAGGUGGACAUGCUCAGCCCUGGUGUUGCUCAUUUCACUCCUCAACAUGUUGUCUAUUAUAUAAAGAGUACCACUGAAACAUUUUAAAACAGGUCUUGGAAAAAAAAAAAAAAAAAAAAACAUAUAUAUAUAUAUAUAUAUAUAUAUAUAUAUAUAUAUAUAUAUAUAUAUAUAUAUAUAUAUAUGUACCCUAAAGAGACAGGAAAAUCAGCAAAGAUUUGCCGUAUUUGUGCAUUUUACUAAACACUGGAUUAGAGGAAUGGAAAAUUAGUUCAGCCAAAUAGUAAACAAUAAAUGUAAUUGCACUUUUAUAUUUUCUGCUUGGUCAGUAAAUAUUCAGAGUUGAAAGAAGAUUCACAUGUGGUAACUAAAUAACUCAAUCUUUUUUACCUGGUUAAAAAUUAAAAAUAUGCGUUUUUAUUGAGAUAACUAAUGUGCUUUAUUAGUAUUUAAGGAAUAAAAUUUAAGGAAAAAAAGUGAUAAAAUAUAGGCCUGGAUCUUCCAUUUUAGGGACUUGGUUGUGUUCUGUCCAAGUCUUCCAGACUUGGUUUGCCCUUUAUUACCUUUUCCUUCCUUCACCUCACACUUUCAUAUCGGUAUUCUAGAUGUCCCGCACAACAUGGCCAUAACCAGUGUAUCAGCUCCUUCCUCUCUGCUAUCAUCCCAUUCAUAAUAAUCAUCAACAUUUUGUAACAGAUUUCCCUUCUAAUGUAGAUGCACAAAUGAGGGCUGAUUUCCUAAAAGCAUCUUGUGUGACAUAUCUUUCUUUUAAUAAUUAUGAAGGAGGUAAAGGAGGUUUUUGUGAAGGUUUUUACAUAUUUGUAGUAAACAAUGACAUCAUCUGGUAAAGAAUUGUCACGCUCUGUUAAUCCACAGCAUGUCUAUUUUUUUUGUUUUUUUUGCUAACAGUUUAUUUAGGUUUGAGUCUAUAGUCUUAAUGCACAUAAAACAGACCUUGAGUUGGUCCCAUGUGUGACCUCAGCACUCACCCUAAUAUGUUUUGUUUUUCUGUUUUAUAAAUACCAGCUAAAGCUUUGAUUUCACUAGUUUCUCCUUGUUGUCACAGAAACUAGAGCUUCAACAGCAUGUAACAGAAUGUGUGAGGAGCACACUUGCUGAGUGUUGAGGUUAGGAUUUAAAAUAACCUGAAAUGUGAUGAUAAUCUGUUGUGGAGUAUAAACGUCCAAGAUGCUAUUGAUGACACAGCCCUUGUAUGCUUGUAUGGACCUCGUCAGCCACCCACUCCCCUUAUUCCACCUCAAACCCCUGAGGCGACUCCUCCAAGCUGACUGGAGCACAGAGACGUACAGAGAGGCUGUUCUAUCAGCAGAGGAGCCCUCAAACACAGAAAAAAGUUUGAUAUUGACUACAUGUUUUGAAAGCUUUAAUGUUUCCUCAAAGAAUGUUCUGCUGAACUCAUGUUUUCUUAUCUGUAUUUCCUGAUGAAUCCCAGUAGAUAAUGUGUAUUCAUCAGCUGAGAGAACGGGAACCUCUGUAUGGCUCUGGCUAUGUGUUUUAGCUAGGGGACUAUGCCACUGUUUGUUAGAGUAAAGCACCGAUGCAAAGAAUCUAUUAAAGAGAUGUAUCUAUAUCUAACAUAAUAUAAUAUUUAUUCCUGCUCUAACUGCCUAUUUUGGUACAAAAAAUAAAAGGCUUUAUUGAGCUUUA